AUGUCAACGCCACUCUCUCCAAUAUUAUCGCUCUCUGAAUGCCCAGGCGGCACUACUGUACGCCAGUGGUCUAGGCUACCAGAGGUAAUACAGAAAAUACAUGCUCGCAUAAUUUUGUCGAUCCCGCCGCUGUCGUCAUCUGCAAACGCAAUUCCCAUCAUUUUCACGUCUUCGCCAGCAGCAUUGUUCAGAGCAUGA